UUCAAUAUCGGAAGUGGUGGUUUGUGUUGUUGCACCACCACGGCGGUGCUGUCAUGUGAUAGCUCGUCUGAAGAGCUGCUGUUGACAGUAGCUUCCUACCUUUAGAUGAAGCUCAAAUAAAAAAAAAACCUAGCUGAAGAGAAGUUGCAUGCUUGCUGGAGACGACAAACACGGCUGGUUUCUGUCAGGACACCAGGGAAGCUGGGGUUGUGUAGUUUGGCCCCUCGGACGCUGCCAUGGGUUGCUGUUACAGCAGCGAGAACGAGACCACAGAGCAGGACCCUGAACGUAAGCCGCUGAUCCCUCCGAACCCCGUCAGCAAACCCCCAAAUGGGCAGGACUGGAUCACUACCACUGUCCCCUCAGCGCGGACAGAUGAACAGGCCCUCCUUACAUCCAUCCUCACCAAGACAGCACAGAACAUCAUUGAUGUCUCAGCAGCUGACUCCGUCAUGAUGGAGCAGCAUGAAUACAUGGACAAAGCUCGGCAAUACAGUACAAAACUUGCUGUGUUGAGCAACAGUCUGCCCCAGAAGAAAGCCCUUGCUCUCCCCUCCCUCACCAGCCAGCCCCACCAAGUGCUUGCGAGUGACCUGGUGCCAUACUCAGAUGUUCAGCAGGUGUCCAAGAUAGCAGCUUAUGCUUACAGUGCAAUCUCUCAAAUCAAAGUGGAUGCUAAAGAAGAACUGGUGGUCCAGUUUGCCAUUCCUUGAUUCUGCGACUCUGGCCUGCAUAUUCUUCCUCCCAUCCUGCUCUCUCUAUGUCACUUCCUGCAUCCUCACCCUCCAGCCCACCCUUUAUUAAAGCAUCUUGGUCCUUGUGCUUCUUA